CGGCAUCAAUGGUGUUAGUUGCAUUGGGGCCUGCGGGGUUCAUGCCCUCCUGCCAGGCCUCGGUGUGAGCGACCAACACGGGUGUCAAGGAGGGGCAGAGCUUCCCAGACGCGGACGGGGAGGCCUGGGCUCGCUCCUCGAGGCAAGGGCCCUCCGAACUCCGAGGCGUCAAGGCCUCCCUUUUGUGGCUCUGUCGUUCCAGGUUGCACUCCCACAGGGCCCAACGUCUCAAGCCUAAGACAACAGGUGGCUUCACCGGCGCACAGAGGAACCACCACUUGGCUUUAAGAUUUGGAAUUUCUUCACUGUGUGCCAGACCUUAUUUAAGAUCACAUUCCAAGCAUCCAGUUGUAAGUUCAUCCUUCCACAUUCUGGACAUCAAAUUUCUGGGCAGCGGGCACCGAGUGGCCCGGCAGCCCAGGUGUGGGUUCACUAAUUAGGAUACAAAAUAUGGCAGUUAGCCAUAUCAUAGUGAUACUGCUGCUUUGUAGACAUCUUUAUAUUGGUCUAAUGCAGACCACCACUGAGAACACUGAAUCCCAAAAUGCCUCUUGUCCAAUUUUGUGCACGUGUACCUCUUGGCUGUUAUCCUGCAUCGGGGCUGGGAAAUGGCAUCAGCUGGAUAAUGUGCCAUUCAUCAGAGGGUCGUCGUACAUAUUCAACACUCUGGAAUUAGGUGAAAAUGACAUCACUUCUGUACAAGAAACUAAUUGGUUACCUUACAGAUGGACAGAAACCUUAGAUCUGCAUGGAAAUCAACUUGACACACUACAGAAGGAUUCAUUUGAAGGGCUCAUCUUGGUAAAGAAAUUAAAUCUUUCUCAAAAUGUCAUCUCGAAAAUUGCAGGAUAUACAUUUCAGGCUUUACCUUUCCUGGAAAUUCUCGAUCUUUCUGACAAUAAGGUAUCAAUGCUACUUGAUGGAACAUUCAAAUCCUGGCAUGGAUUACGUUUCUUUAGACAAUUGAAUUUAAAAUCCAAUCCAUUAGAAAUAAUACAGAAUGAUGCAUUUGAUAAAUUGCCCUCAAUGCAGUACCUGUGA